AUGAAUGGAAUAGAAUGGAGUGCUCUACUCAAACGAAUUCAGGAGAUAACUGCCUUCUUUUCUAUUACUGUCAACUUUUUGUUAAUUUAUCUAAUCGUCACUAAAUCUCCAAAAAACCUCGGUGCCUAUAAAUAUCUAAUGGUUUAUAUAUCAGUUUUUGAAAUUGUUUAUGGUAUUUUGGAUGUGAUUUUGGCUCCGCAACAUUAUUCGCACGGACCCACAUUUUUAGUCAUCGUCGGUACUCAGGAUAAAAUGUUUGGUCCCGAAACUCUCACUAUCCUGAAUGCAUGUUGGUGGGGAUUUUUCGGUGCUUCAAUGGCAAUUUUCGAUGUACAUUUCGUUUAUCGGUGGCUGGUAGUAUCCGAGCACCAUCUUCUGGAAUCUUUCAACGAUUGGAGAGUGGUUCUUUGGUUUUCGAUUCCACUAUGGUACGGUCUCACGUGGGUGUGUACCGGAUAUUUUCUAUCAGCUGCCAAUGAAUCAACUUCUAGAUUCAUAAAAGACAACAUAAAACAAAAAUUCGGGUGGGACUUCAACGAUUACAUUUAUCUGGGCCCUUAUUUAUACGAGGUAUUGGAGGAUGGAUCUUAUGAUUUUCACUGGAUGGCGUUUCUGGGUCAAGGAAUAAUCACUGCCACUAUUAUCUCCUCCGUAGUCAUUGUUCUCGUAUUCGGUUACCGUUGCUACGAUCGUAUUAGUCAUCUAGUCGCGACGUCAUCAUCUUCAGCGAGAUUCCAAAAACUCCAGAGGCAACUGUUCUAUGCUCUUGUUAUUCAGACAUUCAUCCCUUUUGUCUUGAUGCAUAUUCCUGGAGCUAUUAUGGUGGCAUUUGUAUUUAUGAAUAUUGACUUGGGGGUUUAUAGUGCCGUUCUCUCUAUGACGAUUGCUAUUUAUCCGGCAGUGGAUCCAUUACCAACGCUUUUUAUUGUGGAAAGUUACAGGAAGGCUUUAUUAAGAUUCCUAAGAUGUCAGAAAAAGACCAAACCAAAUGUUUCUAGUGUCGCGACGAUCUCUUCAAGAUUUUAG